GGGGCGUCGUUUUGUUAGGUUCGGCAAAGUACGGUUCGCUGCAAAACGUUUAUUGAAUUGAACGAAGUAGACACUAUGAGAUUGAAAUGAAGUGAAAUGGCGAGAGUAAGCAGAGAAGUUUUGCAAAAGGCAGGGAAGACCCUAUCCGAGAUCCUCGUUUGCCCUCUCUCGAAGCAACCCUUGAGGUAUUGUGAGGAAUCGAACUCCCUAAUUAGCGAUGCUAUUGGCGUUUCUUUUCCCGUAAAAAAUGGGAUUCCUUGCCUGGUUCCAAAAGAUGGGAAGAUACUUGAGGAAGAAGAUGCAUCAAAACCUGAUGAUGAUGCCAAUUUAUCUGCGGUGAAUGAAGAGAAUCAAGGAAGAAGUUCCUAAGACGAACUGUAAUUUUUAUUUUUAUUUUGGACUUUAAUUUCGCAAGGUUCCUGUUGCCCUUUCUAUGCGUUUCCUCAUGUCAUGUCUCUUUCUCCAUAUGAUUAUCAACUAUCUGUGAGCCUGGUAGAAUGUUGUGUGAGUAAGAAGUUACCCUACCCUGUUUACACUUUUGGGGAAGAUUUGUGCUUCCUUCUAUGAAAAAAAUUUGAACAAAUAAAUCUCUUAAUUUUCCCCGUUCCUUUCGUUGUUUGAAUAUUUU